UGUUCGUGAAAGGUAAAUUCAGCCAUAUAAUUAUUGCGUUCAUUCCUUUUGUCAGGUUGAAACAGAUAGUUGGGUCGAGAAUGCUGGCAAUGGUCUCAUGGGCAUGCAGAUUGUCAAACCAAAUGGACAAUUAAAGUUCCUGGUUGAGAUAUUCUUUGGGAUUAGGUUCUCCAUGACUGGAAAAUAUGAGAAAUCCGGUAGUAACACGUACAAUGUUAUAAUGGAUGAUGGAGCAUUCGUGGCUGGAGUUUAUGGAAUUCCAGUUGAAAUGGAAAGCAAGUUCACCAUAGAAAUACUAUAUACUGAUGACAAGAUCAGAAUUUCACGGGGCUACAACAAAAUUCUCUUCAUCCAUGUACGCGUAGAUGGAUCCAAAAAGAAGUGAUCAAGAGUUGUAUAGGCAAAUUAAGGCCAAUUUGCUAUGUUAAAACUUCAAAUCAUUGUCAAAUCUUGUCAAACUGUAACUUAUAUUCAAACUGCCAUGCACCUUUCAAAAUUUCAUACUUCUUACAAUCAAAACUGCCUUAUGCCAGAGGAUCUCUAGCAGCAGAUGUUUGUUGGCCGAGACGGAUCCAGAGUUUUAAUUUGAUGGGUUCAAUCUUUAUGUUUUUGCCGCUAAACCAUUGAACAUUAAAAGUUAUUUUUCUUUACACAUAUAUCUAAGCCACAUAUUAAAGUUA